GGAACUAGUUCGUCAAACUGCAAAAACGAUGGCAACUUUGUCAGCUGUCAGCUAAAAUAAAAUAUAAUUGGGUCGCCAAAAUUUCUAUUAGCAUUCUUUUAUUUUAUUCAAAUCAUUUAUUUUGCAACAUAAAUUUUAAAUGAGUUGCAAAAAUUUCAAAUCACAGACGGCAAUGCACUAAAAACGAUUGUAAGCAGUAGUUCAAUUCAUUUCAUUCUUGCAGACAAAAGAAACGUAAAAUUUUCAAUUGGAUUAAUACACACCAUGUCGAAUCUAUCGGUGGGUCAGAUCAUAUUGGACGCUCAGCGUAUGGCCAGUCGGGUCAAGGACUUGGAUGUACUGGGCACAGCCUUGCUGGAGGAGGCAGAGACCAAUAAUCGGUUUGUGGAGAGCCUUCGACAGUAUCAGGAUGAUAUUGAGUCACUCAAUCGCAUUUCCAACAACAAGACCAAUGCCGAUAUGGUAAAUCGCAUCCAGCAGCAGAAUAUUAACAGUUCCGAAAUUCUCAAAGAGAAUCGUGAGCUAAAGAUCUGCAUUGAGGAUUACGAACGGGCCAUGGAGCUAAUGAUGCAAAAGUAUCGGGAACACACAGUGACCAAGGUGCUGGAUAGUAAAAUAAAUUUCAAGGAGCUCUAUAACGAGCGCCUGUAUCAGGUUAUACGGGAUCAACGGGAGAAAAUCAAUGAGAUGGCCGCCGUCAUGCAACGGGCAGCCACUGUGGACGAUGAUUUGGUGCAGCGGGAAUUGCAGACCAUAUCUCAGUUGCGUCUGGAAAAUGAAACGCUACGCGAAUUACUGCAAAUAUCUCGGCAAUAUGGUUCAGCUCAACGGCCCAUAAGAGAAAUGGAUCAUUUGCUGGAGGAGAAGGCAGUGCAAACUGAUAGCCAAGCCGAUGAUUCAGCUGAUGAUCUAUCCAUAUCGGGGGCAUCAGUAGAGAAUAUGAACAACAAUUCGGUUAUACAAAUAUAUAACAAUCCGGAGCCAAGCAAAACGCAAGCGCUCUCAAUUCCGCCGACACUGCCAGUCGAUGAGGAUCAACAGCAGCAGCAGCCGCAGCAGCUAGUUAAUCCAGUUGUGACCAAUGAGAAUAAUAAUGGACCCGCUGCGAUAACAACGACAACGACCACAACGUCACCAUCCCCAGCACCCGUUGCCGGUGAUGACCAACAAACAGAUCAGCAUCAGAAUCAGGCACCAGCGAACAAUCUAACAUGAUAGACGCCUAUUUCGGUUCCAUUACCGAUUACGGCAAUACAUCAAUCCUUGUCAUUGUUAAUUUUUAAUAUAUGCCUUUUGCUUUCAUUUUUUGUUUCACAAAACACACUUCCUCACCAGCUCAUAUAUACACACUCACACACAUACAUACAUACAUAAGAAAACAUCCAUCUAUAUAUACAUACACAUGGAUACUCUGCAUUAGUUCUUAGCAACUAAUAAUCUUUAAGUAAUUUAUACAUAAUAACAGGAAAUUACACACACACACACACGAACGUACAAUAUGUAUGUAUUCCGUGAUCUAUCGUCUUUAUGAUUUCUGAAUAAAAUUCCAUAACUUGAAA